UGUUGAGGGUGAAGCUCCAAGCAGUGAAACUGGCACAUCUUUGGAUAGCCCAUCUACUUACCAUCAAGGACCUAUAACACACAGUUCAGCUAUAAGUCCAGACCAUUACGAUCAUUCUGCUUACGGGCUGUAUUCUGUCUCUCCUGGACAACAAAGAUCUCGGAGGCCGAAACUUCAGCACUCAACAUCCAUACUGCGAAAACAAGCAGAGGAAGAAGCUAUUAAAAGGUCAAGAUCACUUUCUGAGAGCUAUGAACUCUCUUCAGACCUACAAGAUAAGCAGGUGGAAAUGCUAGAACGGAAAUAUGGAGGCCGUCUCAUAACUAGACAUGCUGCUCGUACCAUACAAACAGCUUUUCGCCAGUAUCAGAUGAACAAAAAUUUUGAGCGUCUUAGAAGUUCUAUGUCUGAAAAUCGUAUGUCAAGACGCAUUGUACUGUCCAAUAUGAGAAUGCAGUUUUCCUUUGAAGGACCUGAGAAAGUCCACAGCUCUUACUUUGAAGGAAAACAAGUUUCUGUUACAAAUGAUGGGUCAAAGCUGGGAUCCCUGGUACAGUCUGAAUGUGGUGACCUUGGAGAGUCAGCUACAAUGAAGUCUCCAGCAGCAUCUACUGAUUUUGCUGAUGCUAUAACAGAACUGGAGGAUGCUUUUUCUAGGCAAGUGAAAUCCCUUGCAGAGUCCAUUGAUGAUGCACUGAAUUGCCGUAGUCUACAUUCUGAUGAAGUCCAGACUCCGGAUCAAGUUAGAAGUCGUGAAAUGGAAAGGGAUAGUUGUGCUCAGACUAAACCAGCAAUUCACAAUGUGGAUCACAGGAAGCUUGAUGAGAUGACAGCGUCAUACAGUGAUGUUACGUUAUAUAUUGAUGAGGAAGAGUUAUCUCCACCCCUUCCACUUUCCCAGUCAGUAGACAGACCGUCCAGCACAGAAUCUGAUUUGAGGCUCCGGUCUGUAAACUCUUCUCAAGAGUACUGGUCCAUGACCCACAAAGAUGAUAAGAUAGACACUGAUACGAGCUGCAGGAGUACCCCGUCACUGGAAUGUCAGGAACCGAGGAUGAGAAUGGAUCAUCUACCAUUGCUAACUAUAGAGCCACCCAGUGACAGUUCAGUAGACUUGAGUGAUCGGUCAGAGAGAGGUUCAUUAAAGAGACAAAAUGCAUAUGACCGAGGGAUCACUAGUCAACAAGGAAGCCCGAAACACAUCCCUCACAGUAUUCCUGCCAAGAUUAUAUCCCGAGAGGAACAAGAGGCAAGACAUAGGGGUAGGCCUAUAGAUAGUCAUUUAGCUAUCAAUGGCACAGCAAACAGGCAAAGCAAAUCAGAGUCUGAUUAUUCUGAUGGAGACAAUGACAGCAUCAACAGCACUUCCAACUCUAAUGAUACAAUAAAUUGCAGCUCAGAAUCUUCUUCUAGAGACAGCCUAAGGGAGCAAACCUUGAGCAAACAAACGUACCACAAAGAAACUCGCAACAGCUGGGAUUCCCCUGCCUUCAGUAACGAUGUUAUCAGGAAACGCCAUUAUAGGAUUGGACUGAACCUUUUUAACAAAAAACCUGAAAAAGGAGUCCAGUACCUAAUUGAGCGAGGUUUUGUGCCAGACACUCCAGUUGGUGUUGCCCACUUUCUCCUGCAAAGGAAAGGUCUCAGCAGACAGAUGAUUGGUGAAUUUCUGGGAAAUCGACAAAAACAGUUCAACCGGGAUGUGUUAGACUGUGUUGUGGAUGAGAUGGACUUCUCAACAAUGGAACUGGAUGAAGCACUCAGGAAAUUUCAGGCUCAUAUCCGUGUUCAAGGAGAAGCCCAGAAAGUAGAACGGCUUAUUGAAGCUUUUAGCCAACGAUACUGUAUCUGCAAUCCAGGUGUUGUGAGGCAAUUUAGAAAUCCCGAUACCAUCUUCAUUCUAGCUUUUGCCAUCAUACUGUUAAACACAGAUAUGUACAGCCCAAAUGUGAAACCAGAACGCAAAAUGAAGCUAGAAGAUUUUGUCAAGAAUCUAAGGGGUGUGGAUGAUGGUGAGGAUAUCCCACGAGAAAUGCUGAUUGGGAUUUAUGAGCGAAUCCGCAAACGGGAGCUGAAGACGAAUGAGGAUCAUGUAUCGCAAGUCCAGAAGGUUGAAAAACUCAUAGUAGGAAAGAAACCGAUUGGAUCUCUGCAUCAUGGACUUGGUUGUGUCCUCUCUCUACCGCACCGGAGGCUUGUUUGCUACUGUAGGCUGUUUGAAGUUCCAGAUCCAAAUAAACCUCAGAAGCUUGGAUUGCACCAGCGAGAAAUAUUUUUAUUUAAUGAUCUUCUUGUGGUGACCAAGAUUUUUCAAAAGAAGAAGAACUCAGUCACAUACAGUUUUCGACAGUCCUUUUCCCUCUAUGGAAUGCAAGUUCUUCUUUUUGAGAACCAGUAUUAUCCCAAUGGUAUUCGGCUCACAUCAGCUGUUCCAGGAGCAGAUAUCAAAGUACUAAUAAAUUUCAAUGCACCAAAUCCUCAGGACAGGAAGAAGUUUACAGAUGAUUUGAGGGAGUCAAUUGCAGAGGUUCAAGAAAUGGAAAAGCACAGAAUAGAGUCUGAGCUAGAAAAACAGAAGGGUGUGGUGCGUCCAAGCAUGUCUCAAUGCUCCAGUCUGAAAAAAGAUUCUGGCAAUGGGACACUGAACAGAGCUUGCCUGGAUGACAGCUAUGCUACUGGGGAGGGGCUGAAAAGAAGUGCACUGAGCAGCUCCCUUAGAGACCUGUCUGAAGCAGGCAAGCGUGGGCGACGCAGCAGUGCAGGAUCGCUAGACAGCAAUAUGGAAGGGUCCAUCAUUAGCAGUCCUCACAUGCGCCGAAGAGCUACAUCAACCCGAGAGUGUCCAUCUCGCCCUCACCAGACUAUGCCUAACUCCUCCUCACUCCUAGGUUCCUUAUUUGGUAGUAAAAGGGGAAAGCCACCUUCCCAAGGCCAUCCACCAUCUGGCUCAUCACAGCAACCUCCGCACCCUCCAGUAAUCCCACAUCAGCAACACUCACAGCAUCCUUCUGCCGUGCAUCAUGCAGGGCCAGCUGAGGGGCAGACACAGGCACAAGUGCACUCUCACCAUUCACAGUACUGUCAUAUGCAGCAGAACCCGCCACCCUACCACCACCACCACCACUAUCACCCUCCCCAGCAUAUCCAGCACCCACAUCAGUAUCACCAACAUGUGCCCCAUUCCCAGCACGCGGCACACUCCCAGCAUACUCCUUACAUGCAGCACCCCCACGCGCAGCAUACCCACUCCCCUCAUCCGCCCCUGCCCCCUCCGCACCCAGGGCACUCUUCUCAUCCCCAACACUCUCAGCAUCACCAUGGACCACCACCACCUCCCUCCACUUCAGCCACCACUAAGCCCAAACACAGUGGCAUCAGCACAAUAGUCUAG